ACAUUCUUCUUUUCACUGAGUUCCGCCGGUAACCAGCUGUUUUGUGCCGUCGUUCCCUUUUUUCCUUGGCUGCCUGACCGGCCACCCGAAAGAUGUUCCGAAUUGGAUUAAAAUUUCCGUGCAACGGUCUAAAUCGGGUCAAAAAACACGGUUAUUCAAGACUUUAUCUAACGGCCAGGUACUAUGAAACGCGUGCCCGUGUUAAAUGUGAACCAGAAGGCAGGCUUUGCAAAGAUGUCAGACUUAUGUCCAGAUUUUCUGGACCUAAGUAUUCGACCCAAUCGCCGAAAAGUGAGAAGAAUCGAGGCUCUGGCAGUUUGAUAACUUUGGGUGCUGUAACAAUAAGCGCCAUAGGUGUCUUAACAUUUGCUAAAAAGAACCCAGAGUUCCGAGCAACCUUGGAAGAAUGGAUUCCUGGUACAGAUCACGCUAUUCAAAUCAUCUUCCAAGAAGACUCCACCUAUUUUGACUUCAUUCGCAACUUUUUUGAAACACUAAAGCAGACGAUACUAGACCUCUUCUUCGGACAACCACCAUCCAAAGAAGGUCAGAUUAUGAAGAAAAUAGACUGCACGAAAGUUAUCGAUGAUUACAUACCGCCAAAACCAGCUUUUGAACCGUUGGUUGAUAAAAAGGAACCACCCAUCAACGAACCAUACUCAGAGAUCCGGUUGAGCAAGGAAAAAGGAGAAGCAAUCCAAGUCGUCGCCGAAAAGCCACUUCCUCCACCGAAAGAUGUACCUGCUGAGUUGAUGCCUGCGAAUUUGGUUGAACUCGAGGCAUUUUGUGGUCAGGCUGCAUCCAAAGCAAUAGCAGCGUACCAUAAGGCUAUCUGUGCUAUUCAAGAUUACAAUAAAGACGUGAUAAAGGUGGUGGAGAGUGCUGGAGGCACGAUAGGCGGUUCUAUCCACGAUAGAUUGAAGGAAGCCACGGAGAAAAGGAAGGAGGCUCUAAAGACGGCAGAGUUAUAUGCUGGGGAGGCGGUAGAUUCUUUGAGACGUAUGUACAAUCUCAUCGACGAUCCCAAGUUCGACGCUCCACCCGUUAUGAAAACGGUUGCUAGAAGAAACGUGAAAAAGAUUCUCGACGAUGUCGAUGAAUCCAAGAGGAAGUACGAGGAAGAAGUUCAGUCGUCAAGGAUCACCGAGAAGUUCUGGAAGCAAGUGGAAAAAGCACGGCAGAACUUUAACGAGGAGUUGCAGAUUCUUUUCCCAGAUAUCAACAUCCAUGAAAAAAAGCUUUCGGUUAACGAAGAUUCAUUUGAUCUCUUCGUCCUUCACAUGUAUAACAAGAUCAACAAUUUACAAAAGGACCUAGAGAGACUAGAGACGAUACAAGAAACUAAGCUCAAGAAUGCACUGAAGGCAUCAGGUGAUGACUCUAAUCAAGCGAAGAUUGAGGCUCUCAUCUGUGCCGAGGUGAACAAAGAAAAGCGUUACCUACGAGAAGAAUUCGAGAAAAAGUUGCUGGAAGAGAAGAAGCGCUUUGACGAUGAGAUGCGAAAGCAGCUGAAGCUCCAGGCGCAGAUUCACGCUGAUCAUCUGCGGGAGGCUCUGCACCAGAAGGAACUCGAGACCCAGAGGGCGGUCGGUCGUGCUCUGAGCGAACAGGCCGAGAAUGAAUCCACUGCGUAUAAGAUGAAGCUGGCUGCUGUAGUUGGCAGGAUGCAGGGAUUGGACCACGCGCUUAAGGCGCGUCUCGAGGAGGAAAAGGGUGCGUCGGAUGCUCAGAUGCUUUGGGCAGCUUGUCAGACCCUUGCAAGAGCUCUGAAGCUGGCGCCACCUGGAAUCCCUGCUGAGAAAGCAUUGAGGCCCUUGGAACCAGAGAUCAAGGCGGUUUCCAAAGCAGCACCCAAGGAAGAUCCUCUGGUUCGUGCCGCAAUCCAGGGUAUCCCCGAGGAAGCUGUCAAGAGAGGCGUUUUCCCCGAGGAUGCUCUUCGCGAGAGAUUCUUCAAGGUAGAGAACAUGGCGAGGAGGUUAGCACUGGUACCUGAAAACGGCGCCUCGUUACCGAUUUACUUGCUCAGCUACCUUCAGAGUUUCCUCCUGGUGAAGGCAAUCAGUCCCAUAUCGAAGACCGAACUCCAGGACGAGCCAUUUGACGUCCAGUCACUGAGCACCUAUGAUAUUCUCCAACGUGCCAGAUACUGGGUCGAUCGCGGUGACUUUAAGAUGGCUCUGCGGUACAUGAACCUUCUUCAGGGUGCACCACGCUGCGUGGCCAGGGAGUGGAUGAACGAGGCCAGGAUCCUCCUAGAGACGCAGCAGGCUGUUGACACGCUAAUCGCUUACGCCGGUGCCACGGGACUGGUCUUCCUCGGUGGUGGAGAUUCCUCCCAGACGAAGAAGUAACCUAACGCGGACGAAGAUAGGUUCUGAAAGAGAAAGAGAGAGAGAGAGAGAAGAGAGAAACGGUAGAAACUGCCAGCACCGGAAGAGACGCGGAAUGAUUUGGAGGAAGCGGAGCCAGCACCACUGUACAGUCCACUGUCUUGUAUAAUGCUUUAUUUUAUUUUCCUUCUCUUUUUUUUUCUAUAGUAAAUUAUGUCGAGAAUGGUUUAAUAAAAGAUAUUUCUUGUGGUCGCGCUGAAUUGAACGAUCCGUUUGGAUCGGCCGUGCAAAGUCCAUGUGUCCCGGACGGAAGUCUCCGUUGGACAAGAAUUUGGAUAAGAGUAGAAACGAUGGAAUUCCGCAAUCGAAUACGUAAUGCGCUGCAGCAAGAAAAAUAAAGGAACAAAAUCGAUCUCUUCUUUAGGAUGUUCGUUUCUUUAUGGAUGAGAAAAAAAAGGACCUGUACAAUCCUUUCGCUGAAUUUACGUUCCACAAUCAAAUUCUUGUUUGUCAAUGUCGUAACUACGUUUUCUGUUGGUUUUUUUUUAAAUUUUUAAUCUAUGUUGUAAUAACUUUUUAUCCGCAAACGUGAUCCGCACUCAACCUCUUUCCGCUGAGACAUGAAUUUUCAAUUUUUCCAUUGACCCCACGGAGAGUCACGAGGCUUUGUAAGGACUUUAUUUCCAAAUUUUGUGACACUUGUUCAAGGGAAAUUGUAUAGGAAUGAAUAUAGGGACAUUCAAAGCAUUCGGUCGAGUAAUAUACUGUAUAAAGAAAUGCACACAAUCCUGCUAACGAGAUAAUGGAACACGGUUCUGGUAACGUGUCUAAGGUAAAUCUCAAAAUCUUCUACAGCGCGAGCAUUGGAAUCAACGAAGAACGUAUUUGCAAGUGACUUUUUCGCGAAAAAAGUCGUCUGUAAUUUCGCUAGUGAAUAAUAGAAAAUUGUAAGUACCGAAUGGAAUGAAAAGAAAAAAAUUACGAGA